AUGGUUGAUCUAACCUCAGUGUGGCCAUACCACGUGGUUUGUGACGUCAUUUUGGCUAGCACGCUAAGUAGAAAUUUGUCAACAUUGGCCCCGCUUAGAAAUUUCAAAUCCACGCACUUCUUCUAUACAACCUCGAAAAAGAAUGUGUACAAAUUCGUUGGUCAAUAUAACGUCGAUGGCAAAGGUGAAGAUGAACCAAACAUCAAGAGCUAUUCCGAUAUUCGUGACCACGAGUUUGACAACCCGGGGAGACUGCGCGUGAAACCGAAGGCAAAAGAGGCCAAAAUGGACUCGAGUCGAAAUGCCGUUGCCAGGGAAACUUUAGGUGUACGGUGGGACUGUGCGAGGAGAAACGAAAGCAAGUUAUUGCCUACGUACAGACUUGGACUAGACAUAGAAGAAAUUUGAUAAGAAACCGCUUUUCUGAAGAAUUCCGUGU